CGUUACAUUGGAAAUAAAGCAAUGUCGAAGAACUGUAAGCACCACCGACUCUAUAGUAUAGCGUGCGUGAUUUCUUGCAAGAGGUUUGUUUUUAUUUGAACUUGGAUUAUUGUGAUGAUUUGUAUAAGUGUGUUUAUAGUGCAACAUCCGCUAGCGUACGCAAGCAUUCAUUAAGAUAAUACGCAAAGUUGAUUUCAUAUUAUCAUAAAAUUGUCUCCUACAUCGAAAUGUCUGCACCUUGUCUUGAUGCAACAAAGGAGGCCAAAGAAAAACAAGACGCAUCAUCAUCAGAGCAAAGUAGUAUUGUAAAGAAAUCACCUGAGACAAGUUCACAAACGUCCAGCUUAAAGAAGGAACGUGAACCUGAUACAAAUGACAACAGCUGUAUACAACCUGAAAAAAGAAGAAUAGCUGGGUCUCCAGACCCAGAAUCAUCUAAGCUUAACAAUACUCCUUCAGAUCUAUCUUCUGGCAGCAGUAGAGAAAAGGAAGAACCAUGUAAAUCGGAAGCAAAUACUGACAAUACACAAUUAAUUGCAGAACAUUAUAACAUGAUAGAAGACAAGGGACUAUCGUGCAGAAAUCAAAGUCGCAUCUUAUAUAUGAGAAAUUUUAAUAAUUGGAUUAAGAGCAUGCUUAUAUCUGAAUAUAUUGAUAAGAUUAAACAGGAUAAAGUGCAUGGAUCUUCUUUAAAGGUAUUAGAUAUGUGUUGUGGGAAGGGAGGAGAUCUACUUAAAUGGAAGAAAGGAAAUGUAACGCACGUUAUUUGCACUGAUUUGGCUAAAAUAUCUGUUGAUCAAUGCCAAAAUCGAUAUAAUGAAUUAGUGAAUAAAAGUUCCAAUGACUGUGGAUUUGAUCCUAUUUUCACUGCUGAAUUUAUAGUAGCAGAUUGUACCAAGGGCCAAUUAAGAGAAAAAUAUAAGGAUGCCAGUGUGCAACUCGAUUUGGUCAGCUGCCAAUUUGCAUUCCAUUAUAGCUUUGAAACAUUACCACAAGCAGAAUGUAUGAUAAAAAAUGCUAGCGAAUGUCUUAGAACAGGAGGUUACUUUAUUGGGACUAUUCCAGAUGCAUAUGAUCUAGUUUCUAGGUGGCAAAAAUGCAAUAGUAACAAGAUUGGAAAUGAUAUUUAUAGCAUAGAAUUUCUAUGCGACAAAGUGAAACCACCUCUUUUUGGAGCUAAAUACAGUUUUCACCUAGAAGGUGUCGUGAAUUGCCCAGAAUUUCUUGUUCAUUUACCUACGUUUUGUAAAUUAGCUUCAAAAUAUGGUUUAGAAUUAGUGACAUUCGAAAGAUUUGAGAACUAUUAUGAACGUAUGAAAGACGAAGGCAAAUUAUUACUUAGUAAAAUGCAAGCUUUAGAAACUUAUCCACCAUAUCAUGGGGUACCGCUUCUUGGCCAACCUGGGCAAGAUUAUCAGCAUGUUAUACAGUAUAUGCAAAAUAUACCAAAUCAUCGUAAAGUCGGUACUCUGUCUGGAGCGGAAUGGGAAGUUACUUCAUUGUAUGCUGUAUUCGUCUUUCAAAAGCUUAAAAUGGUGAGGAAUAGCGAAGGAAAGCCAGAAUAUGUAAAAUUAUAAGAAUUAGGAGCUCGUUAGGAAUUAAAAAUUAGGAAUAGUUUAGAAAUUACGAGUUUAAAAAAAAAUUAUGAUCAAUGACUUUAUAUUGUACAAACUAGUCUGUUACUAUAGAAUUACACAUAUGUAAAACUAUAGUAUACAGUCGGUGAUAUUUUAUAUAAUCUUUUUUUAAUGAGUUUCAAUAAUACAUCACGCAUAAUAAUCGAAUCUAUUAUAAAUUUUCAUCUGUAUAACUGUCUGUAUAAAAUAUGACUUAUAUAAAUUGUUUAUAGAGUCUGAUCGCUGUUUACAUAAAGUUGAAAUUUGACAAUUCAGUACUGUCGCUUGUAUAAUAACAUAAGAUGAUUGUAUAAAGUAUUUAACACACAUUUUUAUUUGUUUAAUAAUUUUAAGUGUAUUUAUCUAAGACAAGAAAUGUAUCUACCUAAAACUUGUGUUAGGUACAUCUAUGAAUUAAGAAAAGAAAAAGAAAACAUGAAAUUUUGACAUGUAUUAGAAAGUCAAGAUGUAUUGUUUAUUUUAGUUUUUAUAAGAAAAAAAAAGUAAAUAAAAACCGCUAUUAAUGUACACCGCCGUUGUACUAAUGUAUUACUUCACUCUUUUUUCAUAGAAUAAAAAAAUGAUACCAAGAACUUCAUGGCAAUAACCACCGAGAGACUUUAUUGCGCCAUCGCGAAGUUAAUAUUUAAUUCGUGAAACUUGUGCGAAAUGAUUUGUCCUUGCCCAUGCACACGCGAUGAGCUUCGAUUCCUCUCGAUUCUCUUCGAUUUUAUGUUACGAGCGUACGAUGCCCUAAGUCGAAGCUUCUGACGCAUGAAUAAAGCCUGGAAGUCCUUCAAAAUUAAUGUGACUUUUUAUCAAUGGAGAAACCACUCUGAAUCUCUAUUUUAGUAAAAUAUUUGUUCUUAUGCGUUAUUCGGAAAUCGUAUCAGUUACGUUUAUAACCAACAUUGUUGAAACGGAACAUGACCGAAUAAACUGGAAUAAACAGUUACGGAUUGCGGGGCAAAGAGUUUUACCGGGGAUCGAAGAGGCGGAGCAAAGAAACGCAUGCGCAGUUAGAUAUUUUCGAUACUUAGACUGGGAGCUUCCUAUACAGUCUAAGCGUAGGCUCGGCCUGCAGUCUCGCGCGGAGUGUAUAGUCGAGUAGCGAGCAACUCUGGUGUGCGUGUCCCCAGUCCUUCUUUACUUCCCUCGCUUCUGUUAGACCUCGCGUUGCCAGAGUCUAUCAGUCGCGUUCGUACCGAGAAAUGGAGCUCGAGCAGCAAACAACGCAGUCGAAUUCCGACUUAGUAAG